GACAGACAUUUUACCGCAUUUGUGCAGUUGCUUUGAAACUACAGUAAAAUGGAUCCAAUGACUCAGUCCGCCCAGAUAUCAUCGUCGCAAGGGCUUGCCGAUGGACAAAAUUCUGCUGCCAAAGAAUCAAAGCUAUCCGAUUCCUUUCUUUCCUCUUCGCCUGUAUCUCUCAUUCAGUCUCCUCAAGACAAAAGAAUGGGCUCUGACAAGCCCUGUGAAGGUGUUGCGACAUCCCUUCGCUUUCCUUCUCAACCUGGCUCAUUCACCCCUGGUAAUUACGGGAGUGAAGCAGGGCCGCCAGAUGGACAACCGGAUUCACCGAUAAAGACCUCUCCUGUUUCAGAGCGAAUAAAGGCACUGGAAGCUCUUGCUGCCAAAAAGAAGGAACCUGAUUUUAGAAGCGACGGAGGUUUCUCUCACUUCAGGGACCGCCACCAUGAAAAAUCUCCUGCUGAGACACCCAAUGAGAAAAUUACGCCAACUGUCCAGAAAAGGGGAGGUUCUGCUGAUCAGGAGUCACCGGAAUCCCCCUUUGAAGUACUUGGAGAUUUAAGACAAGCGAAUGAAUUUGAAGAAACAGAAGAGUGGAUGAAGGCUCAUUUACCUCCUGUGCCAGACUUUGAUGCUGUACAUUUAAUCAAAGGCACCCUGACUUCAGACAAUGUAAAAUCAAAGGAGGAGAAGGACACUGGCGUAGUUAUACCUGAUGCUCCUGCUGCCUUUGCUGGUGUCCCUGAUGCUUUCAUGGAUACUCCAGCUCAAGCUCCAAAACAUAAGGAUGAGUUGAUUGAUGCACCGAAGCAGACAAGUGUUGAGGAGGAGUCAGAGUUUGACCUUAGCUUUUUGCCAACAGCCUAUAUGUGGGAUCAGCAGGAAAAAUCAAGUGCCCAGGCUCCUUUAAAUCUUGAUAUAAUGCUUCCAGCUUCACCUGCACCUCCUGCAGGCUUUGACUCCCCAUCUCCGCCUGCCUCUCCACCAGUUGGCACGGAUGCUAAACAUGUUUCGGAAGACAAGAAGACCAUGUGGACUGAAGAUCUGCAGCCCCCAGAGGCAAGCGAAGCUGACAGCUCAGGAGAGUCAGACGACACUGUAAUUGAAGAUAGUGUCCCUGUUCCUGCAUCUAUUCCUCCAUCUUCUGAUCCAGAAAUUUCAAGUGAUCCUACCCCUGCUUCUGCAGCUCCCAAUCUUCCCACUGAGGAAAAGGAGACUCCUCCACCAAAGUCUGAGAGGAAACUAAUGCAGGUUCCAACAAUAAAUGUUAUUGAGACCGAUGAGCCAAAUUACAGUGAUGAGGAGAUGGAAAUGGAGCUUGAAGUAGAGGAAGAUGAGGAUUAUAAGGCUGUAAAAGACCUAGCCAGAGAGGCUCCAAAAACCCCAGAACCAGAGUCAGAGGACAGUAAAAAUGAACCACCCAUAACGCGCCCUUUAGAAACUGAAUUCAUGGAAGGCUACUCCCCUCCAUCCUCACCGGUGGACUCUGAUGCCGAAUACUCUCCUAAACACAACCUACUCAAAUCUCUACCUGAAACAGUACAUCAGGAAUCUGCAUCAAAACCUGAGGCCCUACCCAAUCAAGCACUGUCUGAAAAAUCGAAGAACACUUCCAAUAAAGUAAAUGAUGAACCCUCCCCUUUCAUAGUAACGAAUGAAGAAGUGGAUUUCCAAGACAAUGAUGACGAGUGGUCCGAUGAAGCACAACAUGUCCUGGUCCAACCUUGCAAAACUGAUCUUGCGUUAAUGGAAACAACUCAUUACACACAAUCCAACAUGGAUGAAAAGAGCAACACAGCUGCAAAAGAGGCUUAUAUGGAGACGGCUUCCCUUUCUAAAACCAGCUUCAUGCAAGAUGAUAUAUAUGACAGACAAUCAUUUGAUUAUGAUUACGAUGCAUCCGCUCCCUUGGAUGACAUGGACGACAAAGGGUUAAACAACGCUAAGGAGCGGUUUCUUUCUGAUCCUUCUCAAAUCCUCGUUGAACCACUGAAUGCAAGCAGUCAAAAUCUGGAUGAUUUAACUUCAGCGAAUGAUGACGAAGCCUUCACCAAGCCAGUUGGUCAGCCAACUAUAGGAGAAUAUCCCCAAGACCCAUAUUCCUCUUUCCAAACUGAGACACUUAGCAGCACCAUUGAGCAAGAUUUAAGUAAGAAAAUGACCACUGACAUGGUUACAGAUAACCUGUCAAAUGGCAACUCCCUCCCGGCACAGAAAUUUGACUCAAAGAUCCAGCAGGACACAACAAGCGACCCUGACAGCUCACUUUCUGAGUCUACAGAUAGCUUUGUGGAGUUCAUGCGAGAGUGCCUGAAAUCAAGGCAGGAUGAAGAACCUUAUGACACACACCAAGCUGUUCCUUCCAAGAACAAAGUCUGCAAAACUGGUUUGCCUCCUUCCCAGUCCCCUCCAACCAUGGUGAUGGAUCUUGAACAAGAACGGCUUACUAUCAAUGCUCUCAAAGAGCUGGGCAGCAGUCAAGAAGAGGAGGAGGAGGAUGAGGAGGCGUAUCUCCAGUCAAAGGUUCUUGACCAGGGCAAAACUAACCCCAAUGCUACAUCUAAACAGCAGUCUUCCUUUACCUCAGUUCCUAAUCCUCCAUGUUCCCAAAGCAACCGUGUGUUUGACAGCACGUAUUCCAAAGAGGUAGAAGCCAUCGACGAAUGGGUGGCUGAAGCCUAUCAUCUUGCUGAGCAUGUCUUGACAGCAAUAAUAACCCACUUAUCAGUUAAGGAUCUGAUCCAUUGGCGAGACCCCAAGAAGUCGGGCUUGGUGUUUGGGCUGUCCAUGCUGCUGCUGCUGUCGCUGGCAGCCUUCAGUGUCAUCAGCGUGGCCUCCUACCUGCUGCUGGCCCUGCUCUGUGUCACCAUCACCUUCCGCAUCUACAAGUCUGUCGUCCAGGCAGUGCAGAAGUCCGGCGAGGGACACCCCUUCAAAACACUGAUAGAUAAGGAUGUCAGCGUACCCCCAGAGACUUUCCGCAAGCACGUGGACGCCAGUCUGACCUACAUCAACCGAGCCCUGAAGCAGAUGAGCCGCCUCUUCCUGGUCGAGGACCUCGUGGACUCACUUAAGCUGGCUGUGGUCAUGUGGCUGUUCACCUACGUAGGAGCUGUCUUCAAUGGCAUCACCAUUCUCAUCCUGGCUGACAUCCUCCUCUUCGCUGUGCCUCCCGUCUACGAGAAGUACAAGACCCAGAUUGAUCAGUACAUGGACCUGAUUCGUACUCAAGUCAACACCACAAUGGCCAAGUUGCAAGAGAAACUUCCCGGAGCUGUGAAGCGCAGCAAAACUGAAUGAUCAACCCCCCACCCUCCAAAUUAGAAACCUCCAUGUCACCAUCAUCCUCAUCUCCAUCUCCAUCUUAGACCCCCUCACCUUCUGCUCCCCCUCUCCAGAUAACCCCUGCCCCGAGUCUAACUCCUCCUCCCUACUCCAUCAACCAUCAGCCCCCCCUACUACACUGAACCUUGCUAGGUAGAAAAUCUCUGAGCUACUCAAUAUUCAAUGUAAAACUACUGCGCAGCUUAACUUGCAAGCAUUAAAAAGAACUGUGCCUGUGCAGACAGGAAGCAGGUCGCUAGCGAGGAAGUGAUGUAGCGGCGGGCCCUGACUGUCUGUGGGCGUGCCACAGGGGAAUGGAGGCAGGGUCGAGUGAACUAGACUGAAUCUAUGACCUGGUUUUGUCAUGUACAGCGAGCGGUGGGUGGAUGAUGGCUGUCUAUGUCACAAAAAGCAAAUGUCUGUACUUUAAACCACACAUUUCCCUGAUGGUAAAUGGAUCAUUUAAGCUGGAAAAGUUAAGAAAAAAAAAGAAAAAAAAAAUAGAAUAAAAGUAACCUUUUGGGUGUUAUUGUGGCUAGUCUUAUCCUGCUCUCGUGCUCUACAGUUGUUAUGUGGAUAGAUAUGAGUUGAUUUUAGAGGCUAGUAAUGGGUUUGCUGUUACUGAUUGGCCUGUUAUUGAGUUAGUUUCCAUUCACCUUACAGGCACUUCUGUAUCUAAGUUUCUGCAAUGCACUGAACUUUUAUUUUAUUAAACCCAUGAGCAGGUUGAAAUAAAAGGAUUGGAACACUGA